UAGCGUCCUUACUCCUUUAUCUACCCCUCAAGAUCGGCCAAGUGUGUAGCUUCCGCAAGACCUCAAGUAGGAUCAAACAACGGACCAAGGAAAUUGUGUGUGACCCAGACAGCGCUGAAAAAGCACAAAGUCAGGAAGUGCAAAGACUUGCUAGCUCCUCGCACGAAGCAGCACGCUCCAGGCGCGUCUCGGUACCCGAUCUCCACAUUGCACGGUCGGCGAAAGCAUCGCGAGAAUCUCGCCAUGGCGGCAUCUCCACCCGAUGGUCCGACGCAGCCUAGACUCAAGUAUCCCGAUCGGCAGUCCUUGCCCGGAUCAGCGCAGCGCAACGUCCCUGUGCUGGUAGAGGCUAUCCUGCCUGUGCUACUGCCCUUGCUUCGGACGCACGAGGAUGAGGGCGAGAAGGCUGCAGCCUCGCAUGAAGAGCAUCAGAAAGUCCCGCAUGGCCCGUCUGCCCCGGUAAGAGUUCUGGAGAUUGCCGCUGGGCAUGGAAGCCUGACGCUCGCACUGAGAAGGGCGGUGUUGGCUCAGCCGCAGGACUCCAGGGAGAGGCACGGACUCGAGCUCCCGGGAGCCCGACAGAAGCGGAGAGUUCAGUGGACGUGCACAGAAGCCGACGAGGCCCUUUUGCAGUCCAUCCGCUCUACCAACUCGCAAGAGGAGGCGCAGGGUGCGGCAGACAAGAUUGCGGUAGCCCGCCUCGAGAUCGACGAUGAGUCAGACUGGUCUGCCCUCACAGGCGCCGAGCAGGGGUCUCCUUCUGCUCCUGCUCCUGCCGCUGCCUCUGUCCACUCAAAGUUCGACUUGGUGCUCAUCGCCAACCUGCUGCACAUUGUGCCUUUCGAGACGGUGCGCAGCCUCUUCUUCAGAUUGCGUCGAGUGUUGAGCACACGUAGUGGGGCGAGAGUGUGCAUCUACGGGGCUUUCAAUGAAGAGGGACAGUUCACGAGCGAGGGCAAUCAAAAGUUCGACCAGGAUCUUCGCUCACGCAACCCGCUCUAUGGCUUGAGGGAUCUGCAAGGGGAGAUACUGCCUCUGGCUGAAGAGCAUGCCUUGCAGCUGGAGGAGGUCAUGAGACUUGCGCGGGGCAAUGUGGGUACAGCUGAUGUUGAUAUUUGGUCAUCGACAUCAAUGACAGAACGACAUGAAUACGUAAUACCCCGCACAAUGGCCGCGCUCUAGCAGGUACUGGCUUCUACUCCUCCAGUCCAAUACGCAAGCCCCUCUUGGCCUCGGGAUCUCUGCGGAGGGCAUCAGCCCAGAAGGAGCCAAAGGUCUGCCGGAGUGCGUCCCCACUCAGCCCAUCUGCAGCUGCUCCUCCAAGAUUCUCCGAUGAGCUCGAUAUGUCGCGCAAGGUUUCCUAGAGUCGAAAUACGCGUCAGGACGUUCAAGAUGUCAGUACGAAGAUCCGGUGCCAUCCUUUCCCCAACAGCACGGACUCACCCUCAGUGCAGCCACCACCUCGUCGACUUCCUUUUUGCCCACCUUGCCUUCCUUUCGCCUACUAUCCAGCCACUCGCCAAGUGAGCGCAACUUGGAGCCCCAAGGUGCCAUGGCCUCUUCACCCUCUCCCACGCCUUCG